GAAAUACUCUGCUUUUAUCUGAAACAGAAUUGAAGCGAAAGUGAGGAGUGAGUGAGUGAGACGGUUUCGCUGUUACUACCUACCGUCUCUCUUUUCUCUUUCCCUCGUUUUUUUGUUUCAAUGUGCAUUUGAGAUCGCGGCAGGGGUUUCGCUCACAUUUCCUGUUUCCCGUUCUCUGAUUUACUCUUUUUUCUUUCUCUGUUCUACUGCUCUUCGUUUUCCACUUUUUCUCUCUCUCAUUUUUCUUUAUUCGAUCCUUCCGCAUUAGUUGAGUAAAGGCCCUCCAUUCUUUUGUUUUCCUCUGAUUAGUUCGGAUAGAUUCGUUGCAGCUUUUGAAGUUUAUCUAUCUUUAUGGUGAGAUCUAACCUACAGAGAUGAUAGAAGAUGUGUAUCCGAGAAAUUGUUUCUGCUUGGUGGUAUUAGGGCUUUGGAGAUACAUACACGUUAAGAAUAUCUGCAACAGCUCUAGCUUUGAAGAAUGGUGCGGGAUCUAUAAUUUGAAGUUGAAAUUACAGUGUCUGGGUAGAAAAUCGUGACGCAUUUUAAUAGCGUUUCUGUUGAAUGUGCGGGAUCUGAGGUGUCGAAGAAGAUUUUCGAGUUUUGAGGCGAAAUCAUAGGAACAUCCUUGAAGCGGGCACGGCGAAAUGGCAGAAAAGACGAAUUCAGUCAGAAAUUCUACCAGCUUUUCUGACGGUACAAUUGGAACUCCAACUGAACUACAUUGCUGAAAAAGUUGGCGCGGAUCUUAAUAUCUGACGUUCCUUGAAAACGAGAACUCAAGCUGAACUUCUGACGCUUAUAACUUCUCCAGGAACGUUCUAUGAUAUAACUGGUGAAGUUUUCAGUGUCUGGGUAAAAAUAAAAGGAAAAAUAGUAGGAAGAAGACUGAAAUUGUCUGAAAUGGAUGCGGGGACCAUCUCCGAGAAAUCCAAAUCAUGGGCUAUUAAAAUACAUAAAACAGCGUGACUUCGUCUCAAAGCAUAAGAGGUCGCGCUUUCGGGAAGUUAUCUUUUUUGACAUUCAAACCGACAAUGGCGAGUUAAUCAACAGGGCUUAAUUAGAACUGAGUCAUCAUUAGGUAGCUGUUGUAGACAAUUGAGGUUAUAAUGGGGGUUGGGUCUGAUGUUGUAUACGAGUACAACCUCCUUUGUAACAUCUGAACCAUCUUGCAUUUCUGUGGAGCAGGGGAAAAGCUGAGACGAUAGCCGGUAGGGGUGUAGAUAUGGGGGCAAUCGGUGGGGAGGAGCUUAUGCGUUGGGAGAAGGCGCAGGAGAAAGGUACCCGCGAAGAAAAGAUUUUUGUUUCUGUAAGAUUGAGGCCUCUGAAUGCAAAGGAGAUUGCGAGGAACGAGGUAUCAGAUUGGGAAUGCAUCAAUGAUAACACCAUUAUAUUCAGGAACAGUCUUCCGGAGCGAUCCAUGUAUCCAACUGCAUAUACAUUUGACAGGGUAUUUCGGUGUGAUUGCUCCACAAAGCAGGUUUACGAAGAAGGAGCCAAGGAAGUUGCUCUUUCAGUUGUUAGUGGUAUUAAUUCAAGCAUUUUUGCAUAUGGGCAAACGAGCAGUGGGAAGACACACACCAUGAGUGGAAUUACAGAAUAUACAGUAGCAGAUAUAUAUGACUAUAUACAGAGGCAUGAGGAAAGAGCAUUUGUUCUGAAGUUCUCUGCAAUGGAAAUCUACAAUGAAGCUGUCAGAGACCUCCUCAGUGUAGAUAGCACUCCACUUAGGCUUCUAGAUGAUCCAGAGAGAGGAACUGUUGUAGAGAAAUUGACAGAGGAAAUUCUGAGAGAUUGGAACCAUCUAAAGGAGCUUCUUUCCAUUUGUGAAGCUCAAAGAAAGAUAGGAGAGACCUCUCUGAAUGAAACAAGCUCCAGAUCUCAUCAAAUUCUCAGAUUGACAAUAGAAAGUUCUGCACGUGAGUUUCUGGGCAAGGACAAUUCAAGUACUCUUGCAGCUAGCGUGAACUUUGUUGAUCUGGCUGGGAGUGAACGUGCAUCUCAGGCAUUAUCAGCUGGGACAAGGUUGAAAGAAGGUUGCCACAUAAAUCGCAGUUUACUUACCCUGGGAACUGUUAUUCGCAAACUGAGCAAGGGAAGAAAUGGACAUAUUCCCUACAGAGACUCCAAGUUAACACGCAUAUUGCAACCCUCCUUAGGAGGCAAUGCUAGAACUGCCAUUAUUUGUACAAUGUGCCCUGCACGAAGCCAUCUUGAGCAGUCCAGAAAUACCCUUCUGUUUGCAAGCUGUGCAAAAGAAGUGGCCACCAAUGCACAGGUUAAUAUAGUCAUGUCUGAUAAGGCAUUGGUAAAGCAUUUGCAGAGAGAAUUGGCCAGGCUGGAGAGUGAGUUGAGAGGUCCAGGACCAACUUCUGCAACAUGUGAUUUUUCAGCACUGUUGAAAGAGAAAGAUCUUCAGAUUGAAAAGAUGGAGAGAGAGAUAAAAGAGUUGACCCAGCAACGGGAUCUUGCUCAGUCUCGACUUGAGGACUUGCUGCGAGUGGUUGGAGAUGAUCGAGCUUCAAGACUAUGGGAAGCACUUGAUCAUCAAUCUAAAUUCCAAGUGCAGAAUGCAUGGGAAGAUGAAUCUGACUCAUCAAGUGUUGCAGAUCCUCGCUGUUCUGAUGUAGGUGUUGCAGGAUUUGGCACAUCUCAAUAUUCUGACAGACAAAGUAACACUAAUUCCAAUGUCCGCUACCGUCAUCUCCCUGGGAACCCACAAGAUCGUUUUCUGUCUGAUUAUACCUCUCCACAACUAUCAAAUGGUAGUUCUGAGUUUGUUGGACCUGGUCCAUUUCAGAAUUGGGAAGGAAUUGCUCAAGAAACAGGUGAAGAUAAUGAAGACCUUUGCAAGGAAGUUAGAUGCAUUGAGAUGGAAGCAUCAAGCACAAACAGGAAUUUGAAAUCAAAUGUUUUGCCCCCUGAAGAAAAUGAAGAACUAUUACCUUUGACAAUGAAUGAAAGCAGAGAUGCAAUGGAGCAAGAAUUGGCAUCAUUUCCACCAAAAGGAGAUGGAGAGUUGAGGCAUAUCAAUACUGAUUUUACAUAUGAUGCACUGGAACAUAAACUCCAUGGCAUGCAAAAAACAAUUGCUUGUCUUGUCAAUCCCUACACUGACGAACCAUCUCCGUGGCCACCUUCAGUAGAACUGUCAAGCUCUAGAAGUUUGAGGCUAACUAGAAGCCAGAGUUGUAGGGCAACUCUAAUGACUAGCUCAUCUUCUCCCUGGUUUGACAACCAAAACACACCACCCAGUGGCUUUGAGAAAGACUUCCCUGGAAGGCCAUGUGGUUUCCAAAAGAAGCCUUCUGCGUUAAACUUCAGUGCUAACAUUCAAAGGUUAUCAAGAAAAAAUUCUCAGAACUCUGAGGGGAGUGUUUGCACAGAUGAACUAAAAGCACAAAAUAUCAAGACUUCAGCUGAAGAUGAUAUUACUAGUAUCCAUACUUUUGUUACAGGACUGAAGGAAAUGGCUAAACUUCAGUAUGAGAAGCAGAUAGAUGAUGGCCUGGAGACAGAACCAAAGGCUGAUAAAUCUGGGACGACUGUAAAAAAUGUAGGGGUGGACCCGAUGCAAGAUCCAUCAGACUCUCCUUUAAGUUGGCCCUUAGAAUUUGAGAGGCAGCAGAGAGAGAUAAUUGAACUUUGGCACACUUGCAAUGUAUCAUUGAUCCACAGAACCUACUUCCUCCUGCUCUUUGGAGGAGAUCCAGCAGAUUCCAUUUAUAUGAAGGUAGAACUCAGGAGGCUUUCCUUUAUCAGGGAUACAUUCUCUCAAGGAAAUCUUGCUAAGCAUGCUAUGAUAGAUGACUGGGCUCUCACACCAGCUUCAAGCAUGAGGGCACUCCGUCGAGAGAGGGAGAUGUUAAGCAAACGAAUGCCUAAGAGAUUCUCGGAAGGAGAGAGAGAACAACUAUAUAAGAAGUGGGGUAUUGGAUUGGAUACAAAGCAGAGAAGGCUACAGCUGGCCCGCCGACUGUGGACAGACACCAAAGACAUGGACCACGUAAUGGAGAGUGCUACAAUUGUCGCAAAACUAAUCGGAUUCCAAGAGCCAGGGCAGGCCCUCAAGGAGAUGUUUGGCCUCAGCUUUACUCCUCAACGGACAAGCCGGAGAUCCUACAGCUGGAGACGCAGCAUGUUGGCUCUCCUUUAAGCUUGUAUUCGGCACUCUGUAUCGGGAAAAGUAUGGUGAUAAUUUGAGGACUUUGGAUGAGAUGAGCUACAUUCCACUUACAUAAAUGAAAUUUUGACUGACACAUUGCCCCUUUUCAGAUUCAGAAUGUAGAGGAAGGCUUGUAAAUUUGCUCAGCUCAGUGGUGUAUUUUGUUUGUCUGUAGUGUUCUUCCCGUUGAUGAUCGAUGGAUAGUAUGGCUCUUUCUUGAUUUUAUUAUCAUCUGCAGUAGUGGAGUUCAUUGUCAGAUGACACAUAAUAUCAGAGAUUAUUUUAACGAAAAGUUUCAAGAGCUGCUUUUUUU